AUUAAAAGCUACCAAACUUCCUACCACCGCCCGUCGCUACCGCACACUUCUUCUGCCGUUCUACGUUUCGCUUUCCCUUCUUCUCAACUCCUCUCAAAACCCCUGCCAAGCACCUUCUUUUUCCUAAAACAGAGGGGUUUUAGACCACAGAGAGAAAUGAUCGGGCGCUUCCUCAGAAAUGGCCGCGUCCACCGCCUCUCUCAGGGCCGUUCGGUCGCCGACUUCACCCCCGCCUCCAUCGCGCCUCCCAUUUUCCGAACCCACCACCCGCAUUCGAGGCCUUACCACCAUUUCUUCAAGAAAGUCAAGGAGUUUGAAAUCUCGCCUUCUGUCUUCCCUUCACAAUUUCUGUCCUCUCCGUCUUCUUCCUCGACUAUUGGGUUCGUGGGUUGGUAUUUGGGAAUGGUCAAAGCUCGCCCAGUCCUCACCAAAAGCAUCACCUGUUCCCUUAUUUACACAGCCGCCGAUUUGUCUUCCCAGACAAUAGCAUUACCAUCUUCACAAUCUUACGACUUUCUAAGGACGUUACGCAUGGCUGGAUAUGGGUUGAUAAUCUUAGGACCAUCACUGCAUUAUUGGUUCAACUUUGUGUCAAAAAUCCUUCCAAAGCGGGAUUUAGUUACUACAUUGAAGAAAAUCAUCAUGGGGCAAACACUUUAUGGACCUGUUAUGACAACAUUUUUCUUCUCUGUGAAUGCAGCUUUGCAAGGGGAGAACAGUUCAGAGAUCACUGCUAGAUUGAAGAGAGAUUUGCUCCCUACGAUGAUCAAUGGUGUCAUAUACUGGCCCUUUUGUGAUUUUGUGACAUUCAAAUUCAUCCCUGUGCAAUUACAGCCGUUGGUGAGCAACUCAUUUUCCUAUCUGUGGACUGUCUACAUCACAUACAUGGCGAGCUUGGAGAAGGCAGGCCCCAAUUAGAAAUGCGCGAAGCUGAUAGACUCCAAAGGAUAUUUGUGUUCCUGAUUAAACUAACUGCUAGCUGGUAGUUGCUCAAGAAAUUUGGUAAUCCUGAAAUUUUUGGAAGCCUCUCAAGGAUGCCAGUGCAACGUGGAUGGCUAAGCAUUUUUAAACUGGGACAACAGAUCGUUUCAUUCUUUUUAGUUGAGGUGCAGUCAUUGUCAUUGAUUUUUGUUUGUAAAAAUAUUAAAUAGUUGUUGUAAGAAUCAUAAAAAAUUAAACAUUGCAGGUUAUAUAAAGCUGUGGAAUAGCUUCCAAGUGUUCUUUG